AUGGCAUUCCAAUGCGACGGUUUAACGUUCAAUGCUGAAUUCAAGCAAUAUUUUCUGCGGUCCACGAAUAAACAAAUCAAGGAUACUUAUGACCAGUUCGAAAUUAGUUCAAUGUUGAGAAACCAAGUCGACGUCGAUUCAUAUGGAAGCAUUAAAAAUUUUGACUUCAACGGCUUUCGAAAAGAAAUGAAUGAUCUGACUAAUCUAAUCGACUCGAGUAGUGAAGAAGGUUUGGAUGAAGGUGAAUUGGAAUCAUCGGAAACGGCAUCAGACAUUCAAUACGUUGGAAAUGAUAUGCCACCUGAAUUCUAUGGUGAUGCUCAAUUUGUCUACGAUGAAAGCACUGACGAAGUGAGAAACUCAAACAAUCGCAAUUGCCAGGGAGAUGAAUUCGAGAUAUCAAUUGAAGAUGAGGAUAGCGUCGAAGAUGAAGAAAAAAUGGAAGUGGAUAGAUUUAUGAAAAAGCAUAAAGUUGCUCACACUGAUGAAAUUCCGUUCCACUGUCCAGGCUGUUUCACCGGAUUUUCCCAGGAGGUCGACCAAAAAGCCCAUGUUUUCAUGUGCAAAACACGUCGAUAUGAAUGCCACAUUUGUAAGAAAUUUUCUACUGUUGGUAAAAGUCACUUGAAAGGGCAUAUACGAAAGCACAGCGGUGAAAAACCGUUCCGCUGCCACAUUUGUAUGAAGCGUUUUACGGAGAAAAGAAGUCUGAAAAGACAUUUGAACACACUCCACACAAGUUUCGAGCCAAAAAUGUUGAGCUGGAGUGACGAGAUGAGCGAAAUGCUUGCUGCAUUCCAACGCCAAGCAAAAUAUUCACUGAUUAACAUUGAAAUGGCAUUCGUGCGCGAUGGUUUGAUACUGAAUGACGAAUUUAAGCAGUAUUUCCUGCGAGCCUCGAAUAACUGCAUCGAGGAAACUUAUGAUCAAUUCAAAAUCAACACCGCGUUAAGAAACAAAAACUACGCUAGGGCGGAUGCGAGCUCGUUAACAAACAAUGAAUUGCCGAUGAUGAGCUCAAUUUAUACUCCCAGAUAUGAUAUGACCAAUAUAAAACAAGAACUCAAUGACCCAGUCGAAAUCAUCGACUCAAGCGACGAAGAAGGCCAAGCAGAUAAUCAGGUUUUAAUGGAACCAUCGACAAUGAAGUCAAUUGUUCAGUACGGUGACCAUGGCAUACCACCUGAAUUAAACGAUUUGGUUCAAUUGAACAAUGAUUUUGGCUACACUGACGAAGUGCCGAACAUGAUGCUUAACGGAAUCAAAUCACAUUACCAACAUGUCACGCUGAACACUGGACGAAAUGUCGCUGAUGGUACCAAAACUAAAAACGUGACGAAAAGAUCAACGAAACGCCAAAAUGCGGAAUCGAGCUCAACUCUAGAAGAAAUUGGGCAUAAAAAGUCAAACCAGUUGAAGAAGAGAUCCAAUUGCAAACUUUGUGGACAUUCCUGUGAUCGGAGGAAUUUCAAACGUCACAUGCGUACCCAUACUGGUGAGAAACCAUAUCGAUGUGAAAUUUGCCGCAAAGAAUUCACCCAGCUAAGUAACAAGGAAAGGCACAAAAUGACUCACACCGAUGAAAUUCCGUUCCAUUGCCGAGGUUGUUUCAGUGGAUUUUCCCAGAAGACCGACAAAGAAGCCCACGAGAAGGUGUGCAAAUCACGUCGAUAUGAAUGCCAUAUCUGCAAGAAGUAUGUCACGGUGAAUAAAAAUACUUUUAAAAAGCAUAUGCGAAAGCACACCAGUGAGAAGCCGUUUCGAUGCAAGAUUUGUAUGAAGGGUUUUACACAGAAAGAUAACCUGAAGAUGCAUUUGGACACCAUCCACACCAGAAUCAACCCUUAAUGACUCUCGUUUUCGAAACUUUCACGACACCCGUCGACCUAACAUUUAAUGGCUUUUCAAAACUUUUAGAAUAAUAGACACAAAAUACAAGAAAAUAGUAAAAAAAAACUCCCACAGAAAACUCAGUAAUAAGCUUCUAUAGGAGAUACGGCACAUUAAUGCAGACGUACAGAAUUCGACAUGUGCCGAGUCACCUUUGAAAUAUUCAACACACCUAUAUACACUACUUUCAUACAUUAAGUUAAAAAAA